AUGCUCAGCACCACCAAGAGCAACAGCGUGGAGGAGGACGCUGCGGCGGCAGUGGUUGAGGUUGCAGAGGAGACGAGCUCUUCUUCCACGGAGGACGACGACGCGGAGGCGUAUGUUGGUGCGGUGGCGCAGGACGCGGAGGCCGUAGCCGAUGUGGAGGAUUCUGACGGCGUCGGCGACGACGACGACGACGGUCCGACGGUGAUGAGUUGGACGGAAUACGUGGUGGCCUACAAGAGGCUAUCCGAGUCCGAGAUCAACUACAUCCUGUCUCGGCCACGGAAGCCCUUCGAGUCCACGGCUGUGUACAAGGACAUGGUCGCCGACAGCUCCACCACCAAGGAGGAGCUCGAGCGCGAGGCCGCGGAUCACGAGUACGCCCAGGACGCCUUAUCCGAGGUGCAGGGAAGGGUGCGCAGGGAGUACGCGGACAAGGGGUUCGUCGCGGUGGACGACGACAUGAUCGCCGAGAGGCUCGAACUGGAGCAGCAUUUCAAGGAAACGUGGUCGGCGAUGUUCGCUGAGCUCGGCCUGGAUGAUACUAUGUUCGCCGGAGAGCGAGUUGAGACACCAAGAUGA